AGCUUGGGUCCACCCACCCACCAACUGUUCGACGAAAUUCCUAAAUGGAAGCAAUCCAGCCCUCGCUCUCUCAACCCAAAUUCCAACCCAUCCUCUCUCCGCUUCCCCUCCAACACCCCACGGCCCUCCCGCGCCCACUCGUCUCCGUCACCAGAAGACUCGCCCUGACGUCCUCGCUCUCUUCCCUGGUCUUCUUUUCCUCAUGUACAAUCCUUCGACCCGAGCCCGCGAAGGCCUUUGAAUUCGGGUUCGUCAAGCCUGGCCAGACCGUCGAGGACGCCGUGGGCGCGGUCCGGGGCCAUGCGCGGUCGCUCCUGGCGGUGAAGCCCCUGCUGGAGUCGGGGUCGUGGGAGGAUGCGCAGAGGGAGAUGCGCGAGAGCUCGGCCCUCCUGAAGCAGGACGUCUACACGAUCAUCCAGAGCAGGCCCGGGAGCGAGAGGCCGAGACUGAGGAAGCUGUACGCGGAACUCUUCAAUGGCGUCUCGAAGCUGGACUAUGCUGCGAGGGAUCGGGACGGGCCGCGAGUGCGGCGGUGCUACGAGAAGAUCAGCGCCGCUCUUAAGGAGAUUCUGAGUUUGAUAUGAAGUGGAUUUAUAGCAGAAUUAUCGUAAACUACUAAAGUCUGCCCCCAUUAAAUCUCUAAAAUGGAUGUUUCAUUGCUGUUGUAUGUAAUGUAGUUGUAAAGCAUUACAAGUGGUGCAUAAUUAGGUUGAUCAAUGCUUACAAAUGGUGCAAAGUUAGGUUGAUCAAUGCUUACAAAAUGAAGCGCCCCGCCCCACCCGGCGCCGCCCCACCCGCCUCGCCCCGCAGGGGCCGGAGCUGUGGUGUAGCAAAGCUCCACCUCAUGGGGCGGGGAUGGGGAAUGCAAUCCCAGGCCCCGUCUUCGUGCCGAUGCAUGUGUACGUGCAUUAUUUAUCAUCUAAGAUAAGUACAUUUGGGUAGUAAAUUUGGACUAUUGGGAAUUGACGAUGGCUCUGCUCUUCUUGUUUGCCCGAGUA